AUGAGGAGCCUCCUCCUCCUCCUGCUCUGCACCGGCCUGAGCUGCUGCGCCGCGGCGGGGACCGCGCUGCCGGAGGGAGAGGCCACCGCCGCCGAGCUGCUGGAGGCCGGGCAGGAGGAGCGGGCGCCAGCCCCGCAGGCGCAGGUGAAGUUCAGCGUCCGCUCUGGGCCCCGCGGCGCGGAGCUGGGCUGUCCCCUCGCCCUCGGGCACCGGCAGGGGCUGCGCGACUGCGGCUUCAACCUGACAGCCAAGACCUUCUUCAUCAUCCACGGCUGGACAAUGAGCGGCAUGUUCGAAACCUGGCUGGGCAGCCUGGUGUCUGCUCUUCAGGAGAGGGAGAAGGAUGCCAACGUGGUGGUGGUGGACUGGCUCCCCCUUGCCCACCAGCUCUACAAAGACGCUGUGAACAACACGCGGAUGGUUGGGAAGAGCAUCGGGAGGCUGCUGGACUGGUUGCAGGAGAACCCAAACUUCAAGCUUGAGAAUGUCCACCUGAUUGGGUACAGCCUUGGUGCCCAUGUCGCUGGCUUUGCUGGUAACCAUGUCCGUGGGACAAUAGGCAGAAUUACAGGCUUGGAUCCAGCUGGCCCCAUGUUUGAAGGAGUGGACCCCAGCAGGCGCCUGUCCCCCGAUGAUGCCAGCUUUGUGGAUGUCCUUCACACCUACACAAGGGAAACCCUUGGUGUUAGCAUUGGGAUCCAGAUGCCUGUAGGCCACCUUGACAUCUACCCCAACGGGGGAGACUUCCAGCCUGGCUGUGGCCUAAGUGAUGUCUUGGGAGCAAUUGCCUAUGGGACCAUUGGUGAAGUUGUGAAGUGUGAACACGAGCGCUCCGUGCACCUCUUCGUGGACUCCCUGGUGAACCAAGACAAGCAGAGCUUUGCCUUCCAGUGCACAGACUCCAGUCGCUUCAAGAAGGGCAUCUGCCUGAGCUGCCGGAAGAACCGCUGCAACGGCAUCGGCUACAACGCCAGGAAAACCAGGAACAAAAGGAACAGCAAGAUGUACCUCAAGACUAGAGCUGACAUGCCCUUCAAAGUCUACCAUUAUCAGAUGAAGAUGCAUGUCUUCAGCUACAGCAGCUUGGGAGAGGCUGACCCCACUUUCUCUGUCACCCUUCAUGGCACCAAUGGAGACUCUGAACCUCUCUCUUUAGAAAUGCUUGAUCAAAUCGGCCUGAAUGCCACUAGCACCUUCCUGGUCUAUACAGAAGAGGACAUGGGUGAAUUUUUAAAAAUCAAACUCACCUGGGAGGGAACAUCUCAGUCCUGGUAUGAUCUGUGGAAGGAGCUGAAGAGCUACUGGUAUCGACCUGCCAAGGCUCCUCAGGAACUCCACAUCAGACGUAUCCGUGUGAAAUCUGGGGAAACACAACAGAGGUUUGCCUUCUGUGUGGAGGAUUCCCAGCUAACCAGCAUAUCUCCUGGUAAAGAGCUCUGGUUUGUGAAGUGCCCAGAGGAAUGGCAUAAAAGACCUGUCUCUAAUUCCCUCUGAAGACUUCUCUGAGGACUCAUAGCUGAGCAACCUAGAGAUGCAUGAAGACUGCACAGCUGGUGAGAUGCUCUGGCAUGAAAUCUGGCUUGGUAGCACUUAAAGCAAGUGGCUCUUCAGGACAAAACAUCUUGGAUCAGAUGCAAGAAACUGAGGAGCAAUCAUGGACUGUGGUCCUAGACUUAAAGUAACUAAGACUCCAUUCUCUCUUCCCCAAGGAGCCUGGUUUGUGCAUUUAACCCUACCUUGACCUGUCACAAACCAGGCUUUCCUGCCCUGCUCCCAUUAACCAGGACCACAGGUGAGAUCUUCACACAUCUAGACCUCAGCAAUGAUCUUCUGGACUGCCUGCCAGUGGAGUUGAGAAGAUAACCAUGCAAACUGCCCAUCAGACUGUUGGGGAUGGAGCUGCCAGGACAAAAUUAGCAUCUAGUGUAGGAGUUCCCGUGGGUCCAGUAGCACUAGGGACUGUGGGGCGAGGAGACCAGCACAGGUCAAGCAUGUGGGGUUGCUCAGGGGAGGGGUGGGAAGAAGCACAAUGCCACUUAUCUUCAGGUUGUCCUACUGAGAACAUGUUCACCUCAGAUGCUGUUCCAGUGCCAACAUGGAACUCACACCUUCAUUUUUGUGCAAAGUAUUUAACUGAGCCAGAUGACAUCCUACCUAUGAGGUCACAAUGACCUGGCUGGAUUCCCUGGUGCCAGAUGAACUUGACUUUGCUUGGAGUUUGACAGACUCCUCCUUGCUGCAGCAGAGUGGACCUUGGCAGAGGUGGACCAGAUUCUUCUCUAUUUUUUAUUUUUUGUUGGUUUGUUUGUUUCUUUUUGGAAGGAAACUUGGUGCAGUGACUCUCAAACUGUUGGCAUGUAGAAAGGCCAUCUCACCAAAGGGUGUUGCCAGCUGGUGCACCAAGUUCUGAAGACUCAAGUCCCUCUGAGGCCUGCAGUUCUCUGGUAGAGCUUCAAUCCAACCAAAGCAAGCACGUUUGGAGACUAUUUUGGGGGUUUUCUUCCCAUGGUUUUCUGCAAAGGCUUCAAGAACUGAAGCCUUUGCUAAGCAUCUGUGACUUGUCACUGUGCCAUACUUGGAGUGGUUUCAAAGCCCUGUUUGUAUAUUGUGGUUUUUCUAUGACUUCCAAACAUAAUUUAUUUCUCAUCCUGUACAUAUGUAAAGUUUUCAGUGUUUUGAGGAACAGUUUUUAUAAGCCUUCAAGACAAGAAAAAUUAAGGGGCUUUGUUAAAAUUCAGUCAAGUCUUGUGAUUGAUCUCCUGGAAGCUUUGAAAGGCCUUGCCAGAACAAGUGUGUGGCCACCUUGGCUUUCUCCUGCAGGGCACUGAGACCGGCAGAAAGGGGACACAAAGGUAGAGGAGCAGCCAGGUGGGUGCUGGCAUCUAGGUGCCCUGAUCAGGCACCCUCCUUGCAUAUCCUCUCUGAGCUGUGUUGCCAAGGGAGGCUUCUUCCCUCCCUCCACCCACCCACCAGAAGUGCCUUCUGGAAUGGAGCAAAGUCACAGAACCUUGGUUGGAAAAGACCUUUAAGAUCAUCCAGUCCAACCAUAACCCAACUACCUCAUCUGGUGCUAAACCAUGGCCCUCAGCACCACAUCUACACAUCUUUUAGACACCUCCAAGGAUGGCAAUUCAACCACCUCCCCUGGCAGCCUGGUCUAGCAUUUAAUUACCCUUUCAGUGAAGAAGUUUCUUCUAACAUCCAAUCUAAACCUCCUCUGUCACACUGUCUUCUCCUGGAGUGUAGCUCCUGAGAUGCCCCUCACACAACACUACAGCUUUGCUUCUAGCUUUAGCCCAGGAGUGAGACCAUGAUUUUAACAGUGCCCAAAGGAUCAUCUUUUUUCUGGCAGAGUGAGUAUUCCAAAAUAAAAAGCCCUGUUGGGGUCAUGGAGAGGUUUUCUGUCUAUCCUGUCCACCACAAUGGCUACAAGACCUAGUCAAGCAGGGAGAACAACCCAAACCAGACAACCCAAACCAUGAACCUUUCCUUCCCACCCUGUUUUCUUUCAGCCAGGGUGAUACCACCAGUGGUUUGGGCUGGAAGUAAGCAAGAUUUGGUGUUACUUGCUCAUCUCAGUGAGCACAGGGGACUCAGGAACAACUCUUGCUGCUG